AUUAUUCAUUUGUUUCAUCGAUGAGGGGUUAUUCAGCACUUACCGUAUCCACCUUAAUUUCCAAUAUUCCACUAGCCUAUUUCACAAACCGUUGUUGUCUAUACAGGCCUAUAAUAUAGCCUACUAAUAUGCAUAACAUGCGCAAAACAUCGUCCGAUAUCAGUUUGCUAUGAACGUAUAGCCUGGUAAUUUAUUUAUCCUUUAUUUAACCAGGUGAGUGCCAUGUAUAUGUCGAUCUAUUUUACAAGGGAGCCCAAAUAUGUCGAUACAUAUUUUACAUCCGAUUUUCGAAUCAAUUUACUGUGCAUGGCCUACUGUAGCGAAGUGUGCAUAUGAAGGUGUGUCUUUUUUUAGACCCAAUGGUCGACUAAAGCGACUGAGGAAUAUACUGAUAAAUUGCCGUAUUUUUGACUGUGCAGUUUUAUGUGUAUGUGUAGCUAAGAUAUAACGAGGCCUGGGUAGUGUGGUGCUGUCAAAAAUGUAUGGAUUUUGCCGUUCGAGUGUGAUGAUAUCACUUAAAUAUGGAAAUCGCGACCAGGUUUCUGGUUACCGCUGAUUUCAGAUGUUCGGUCGACGAUGAAUCCACCAUUUGUGAAAGGAGCGAGGCUUCUUUCAUUUUGGUCCAGCACCAUGAGCAUAGGCGGGGUGACCUUCCCACUGGAGGAGCAAUCCAAAGACCCCCAAUCAAUCAUUUACAACGGCACAUAUGACACGGAGGGAGUCCCGCAUACUAAAAGCGGCGAGAGGCAACCUAUUCAAGUCAGCAUUCAGUUUACUGAAGCUGGCCUGUUUGAGACAGUGUGGCAGGUGAAAUUCUACAACUAUCACAAGAGGGACCACUGCCAGUGGGGGAAUAGCUUCGGCAGCAUCGAAUACGAGUGCAAACCAAACGAGACGCGGAGCCUGAUGUGGAUCAACAAGGAGUUGUUCGUUUGAUGGGGGACAGAGCACUUGUAGCAUUUAUUUGACGAAGGAGAACAAAGAAACUAAGGGGAAAUUAUCAAACGACUUCUUGAUAUCAGCCAGCAUGAAAACGUAUCAUUUCCCCACAUAUGAAUAUAAUAAAAACUUCCCUCGAUUCUUCUGUUAAGUAGUUCACAGUAGAGCUCAGUUGUGCCAUCUGAUUUCAUGCUGAAAGUGAACUGUUGGUGAUGUGUGGUGACGUUUUUUUGUGAGUUGACACUGUAAUUUAUUCAUUUAUUCAUUUAUUUAUUUUAGCAUUUUGGUAUAGUGAUAAUUAUUUGCCAUUAUUUUUAUUUAUUUCCUGUCUCUAAAGAGCACAAGCAGAGUGACAGCUGCAAAGAGUGUUUACAUUCAGAGUUCUGACUCAAGAGGAAUACAACACACCUGUUUGCCAUUUUAUUAUAGUGUAUUAUUUGCAUAAUAUCACAUUUUUCAGUUUCAGCAUAUCAAUACUGCUUUCUUAGUAGGUUGCCUCAUCAUAAUUAACAUAAUCUGAGGAAGGCAAAGUAUCUUAACAGAAGUUUUAAUUGUAUUUUAUUUUAUGAAAAAUAUUGUGUGCUUUUUAUUAAUUGUUUUGAACAUUUUUAAACAUUUAACUUAUGACAAGCUUAUGCAAGUGCCACCAGAACACAACAAGGUGCAAUAAAGGAAUUAUAACCAGCA